AUGCCUCCUCUCUGCCGUGUUCGUUUCCCAUUCUUCUCCCUCUGCCUCUGUCCCUCAACGCGUAUCCCCCGUUCUCCCAUGCAGGCCCCUUCUCACCGACCCACAGCAGCAGACGUCCUCGCCUCGCCUCUCCUCCACCAACGCGCCUCUGCCUUCCUGCACGCCUGCCUGCACGCCAGUGAACAUGCCCUUGAGAGUGCCCCUCUGAACGACUUAGGGAAUGCCGCCACUGUUGGUGGUGCUGCUGCUGUGGCAAGGGCAGUGGCGAUGCAGCGGGCAGUAAGAGAGCAGAUGGGGCGACUGGGGAUUGUGACAGCCCCAUGUGCUAGCAUCAACUCGCGUAUGGCUUGCAGUGGCAGCAGCAGCAGCAGCAGCAGUGGCGGCAGUGAUCCUGCUGCUGCUGACGAUGAUUUGCAAGCUGGUGAGCGGACAGGGGGACUGGCUGCUGUGCAAGAUGCUGGUUCUGAGGGAGGCACAUCCUGUGCAGGUAUACCUGGGUCAGGGCUAUCUGCCACACGAGCAUGUAAGGCAUGUGACAUGCCAUCGUUGGGUAUGGCUGGUGGGGAGGAGGAAGAGGAAGAGGAAGAGGAAGGGGUGGAGGAGGAAGAAGGGGGUGGGGAGGAGUGUGUGAUGGUUGAGGAGGAAGGGGCAGGGAGAGCGGAGGAAGAAGAGGAGGUAAUACAGGAGGCUCAAGGGAUAGACCAUGUGGAAGGGGAGGAGGAGGAGGAGGAGGAGGAGGAGGAGGAGGAGGAGGAGGAGGAGGAGGAGGAGGAGGAGGAGGAGGAGGAGGAGGAGGAGGAGGAACAACGCGAGUGGGAGGAUGAGGACGAGUGGGGGUGGUGGGGGUUGGGAAAAGAGGACGAGCAAGAGGGAGAGGAGACGGAUGAGGCGGAGUGGAGGCGAAUGGAGGAGGAGGAUGAGGGUCGGCGGGAGUGGGAGCGAGAGCAGGAGUUGAGAGAGGAGUUUGUGCGAGAGAAGGAGGAGGAAGAGAAUGAAUGGGGGGAGGAGAGACGGAAUGAGGAGCAUGUAAAAGAUGGUGGGUGGGAGGAGAGAGAGAAUGGGUGGGAUGAGAGGGAGGAUAAAUGGGGAGGGGAAGAAGAGCGAGAAGGGCAUGGGACAGGACAAGUUACCUGUUGGAGUAUGACGAGUCACCUGUUGGAUCCAGGUCGAAACUUUAUACGUAUGCGAGAAGAGCAUGGGACAGGUGGUGGUUGGGAGAAGGGAGAGGUUGGGUGGAGAGAAGGAGAGAAUGAGGAGGUGGAACGAGAUAAUAAGUGGGAGGAGGGAGAGAUUAGGUGGGGAGAGGGAGAGGAUGGGCGGGAAGGGGAAGAGAGGCGAGAAGAGCACAAGACAGGUGGUGGAUGGGAGGAGAAUGGGUGGGAAGAAGGAGAGGAGGAGGAGGCGGAACGAGAUGAUGGAUGGGAGGAAGGAGAGGUUAGGUGGGGAGAGGGAGAGGAUGGGUGGGAAGGGGAAGAAGAGCGGGAAGAGCAUGGGACAGAUGGUUGGGAGCAGGGAGAGGAUGGGUGGAGAGGAGUUAACGAGAGGAUGGAACGAGAUGAUGAAUGGGAGGAAGGAGAGAUUAGGUUGAGAGAUGGAGAGGAUGGGCGGGAAGGUGGAGGAGAGCGGGAGGAGUGCGAUAGAGGUGAUGGAUGGGAGGACGGAAGGACUGGAGACAAGCCUGUGGGAGCUGCUGCUUGCAUGAAGGAGAACCUGGAGAGGAUUCAGGAGCUGCUGCUGCACGUGCCGGGAGUGAAGGAGGUGCUGCAGGUCGCAAAGAGGCAGGAGCUGCUGCUGCACGUGCCGGGAGUGAAGGAGGUGCCGCAGGUCGCAAAGAGGCAGGAGCUGCUGCUGCACGUGCCGGGAGUGAAGGAGGUGCCGCAGGUCGCAAAGAGGCAGGAGCUGCUGCUGCACGUGCCGGGAGUGAAGGAGGUGCCGCGGCUGACAUCUGAGUCGACUCAAAAGUCACGAAUGCUGGAAUGGUGUGACGUUCCUCUCAGCGACCAGCCUGUGCCAGCUGCUGCUUGCAUGCAGGCGAACCUGGCGAGGAUUCAGGAGCUGCUGCAGGUGGGGGGGCCGAAGGAGGGGAAGAGGCCGGAGGUGGUGCAGGUGCAAGGGGGAAAAGAGCCGUCAAAAAUGGCGACGAGGCAGGAGGUGGGGAAGGAGGGCGAGAUGUGGGAUAUGCACUCCGAGACAGGUCAUACCACACCUGAUAAGGCUGUGCCGGGUUAUGCUGCAGCUGGUGAGGUGGCAGCAGGUGACGUCAUGUCUGAGAGGGUUCGGAAGCUUCUGCAGAAGCUGCGGGAACUGAAGGAGAUGGCUGGCGUGCCAAGGAAGCAGGUGGCACACACGAUGCAAUCACUGAAGGAGGGAGCGAAGCAAGGUGGAAAGCCGGACGGAAGUUUCCAGGCGCAGGAGUCACAGGAGUUGCAGAAAGUGCGGGGGGCAGUGAGGACACCGGAGGCACUGCAGGCCCUGCUCCGGCUGCACAAGCUGAAGGAGGGAGCAGCGGAGUGCAGGAAGGCUGGUAGGAGCUCCCCCUCACAAGAGGCUGCUGGCUGCUGCGCUGCUUGUUCACUGGCCAAGGAGCCCGGGCAGGCGCAGGACAGGCAUGGGGAGGACUGUGGGGAGGACUGUGGAGUGGGGUAUGGAGAUGACUGCGCAGUGGGGGCCGAACAUUCCUAUGGAGAUGCGCCUGGGGCGGGCUGGAGUGAUGGCUGCGGAGUGGGGUGUGGAGGUGAUGGUUUGGGCCAGACGUGCGGUUGGAGUGAUGGCUUGGAUGGCAUGGGGAGUUGGCACGGAGGGGUGGGGGAAGACGUGGGUCUGACUGAAGGGGAGGAGUGUUUGGAAGGGGAGUGGUAUGUAGAAGGAGAGGGGUAUGGUGAAGGAGAGGGGUAUGGUGAAGGAGAGGUGUAUGGUGAAGGAGAGGUGUAUGGUGAAGGAGAGGGGUAUGGUGAAGGACAGGGGUAUGGUGAAGGAGAGGGGUAUGGUGAAGGAGAGGGGUAUGGUGAAGGAGAGGGGUAUGGUGAAGGAGAGGGGUAUGGUGAAGGAGAGGGGUAUGGUGAAGGAGAGGGGUAUGGUGAAGGACAGGGGUAUGGUGAAGGACAGGGGUAUGGUGAAGGAGAGGGGUAUGGUGAAGGACACGGGUAUGCAGAAGAAAAUGAUGAGGAGAUUUCAGAAGGAGAGGGAUGCAUGGAGGUCAAGGGGUGUUCAGACGGGGAGACGAAGUGGGUGGGAGUUUGGCUCAGGACCGAUAGAGGCUGGAUCGAAAGAAAAAUGUUGUCAGAGGAAGAGGAGUAUACAGACGACGAGGUGACUUCUCAGUCGACUCAAAAGCCACCUCGAAACAUGUCGUCAGAGGAAGAGGAGUAUAAAGACGACGAGGGGUUUAGUGAUGGAGAUAGUUUUGAGAAAGAAAAAGGAGAGGGAAAUGCUGAUGACAAGUGUGAGGAAUCGGAGGCGGGUGCAGAAGCAGAGCGGUUCAUUCAUGGCGGUGCAUUGUGCGGACGGGGCGAGGUGGGAAGCGGGGCGCAUGAGGCAAGAGGAGCGGCGUUGGGAGGCAUGCUGGAGCGGGUGGGCGCGCUCCUCAGGAGAGCCUGUGGGGGUGCCUGUGAGGGUGCCUGUGGGGGUGCCUGUGGGGGUGCCUGUGGGGUGCCUGUGGGGGUGCCUGUGGGGGUGCCUGUGGGGGUGCCUGUGGGGGUGCCUGUGGGGGUGCCUGUGGGGGUGCCUGUGGGGGUGCCUGUGGGGGUGCCUGUGGGGGUGCCUGUGGGGGUGCCUGUGGGGGUGCCUGUGGGGGUGCCUGUGGGGGUGCCUGUGAGGGUGCCUGUGGGGGUGCCUGUGGGGGUGCCUGUGGGGGUGCCUGUGGGGGUGCCUGUGGGGGUGCCUGUGGGGGUGCCUGUGGGGGUGCCUGUGGGGGUGCCUGUGGGGGUGCCUGUGGGGGUGCCUGUGGGGGUGCCUGUGGGCCGAGCCAUUGCGUGCUCUCCCAGGGUGGCUUUAAAGAUUCUCACAAGAGAAGCUGCAGGGCCGCUGACGUGGCCUGUUCACGUGGCGUGGCAGCUGUCAGUCCAUAUGGACACGUGGCAUGUUCCCUGGCCUCUUGGAGAAGGGACAGCUGGCAAUGCAGCUGCUAUGGGAGCAGGACUAGUCAUGCCCACAAAAACGGAUGCAUCACCAGCAGAUGCUAUGUCAGGAGCGGAUGCCAUGUCAGCAACGGCUGCAACGUCAGCAGCAGAUGCCUGUUUCAAGCAAAUGGGGUGGACGGUGGGCCACCGGCAUUCACGGGCCAGCCCGUGGCGGCUUCCCUCUGAUGCUUUUGGCUCUUCUGGUGGGGAGGUGGCUUUUGAGUCAACUCAAAAGCACUCUGCAUCCUGUGCUGAUAACACGUGUGGUUCUGCUGGCACUGAGGACGGCGACAGGCAUUCACGGGCCAGCCCGUGGCGGCUUCCCUCUGAUGCUUCUGGCUCUGCUGGUGGGGAGGAGGAGGAGGAGGGCGCUUUUGAGUCGACUCAAAAGGAGGAGGAGGAGGGCGCUUUUGAGUCGACUUGUAAGGAGGAGGAGGAGGGCGCUUUUGAGUCGACUUGUAAGGAGGAGGAGGGCGUGAUGUGGGCUCAUAUUCACACCUGCAUGCAGGAACACGCGAGAGGCGGACGACAGACGCAGGAAUGGGCGGGGGGCGAGAGGAGGAGGUGGAGUACUGGGGGGCAGACUCGUUAUGAUGACAUUCACCGGCGCCCACUGCUGGGUGGGACGGACUACAGUAGUGAAACCGGGGAGCUCAAUAGCGAGGAUGAGGAGUCGGACUACGAGGUGGUGCGCCAGGUGGCGAUGUAUGAAUCGCUCGUCGCAACACAAUCCCCGGCGACCACACCCGACGCUCACUCUCAACCAGCAGCUCUCCACGCUCCUCCGCCGCAUCUCACCGCCUCACACUCCUCCUCCAGACGGCGACCCAUCCAGAUCGUCGCUCUCAGCAGCAACAGCAGCCAUAACCGGAGCCGAUCAGUCUCCUUCGGAGACUCCGGAUGGCUUAGGAAAGCCGCUUUAACCGGCGCGGGUCUAGCAGCCGGCAGCGGCAUUGGCUGCGUCUUAAUGCGUCAAGAUGGUCUUGAUAUUCUUAACAGUCUUAUAGGAGGGGGAGGAGGUGGGGGGGGAGACGGUAGCGGCGGCGGGGGAGGCGGAGGAGGGGGUGGCGGAGGGGGGAAGGGGCGAGGCGGGGGAAAGCGGAACUGGUGGGAGUGGGACGCGGCUGUAGCGGCGGAGGAUGACGAGGAAUCGGAAUCGGAGGACGAGGAGAGCGACGACGAGGAGGAGUCGGAUGAGGAGGAGGAGGACGAGGAGGAGGAGGAGGAAGAGGAGGAGGGCGAUGCGAAGGCGAAGGAGGUGGCGGGGAAGAAGGAAGCAGAGGAGAAGGCGAAGAAGGAGAAGGAGAAGAAAACGGCGGCUGCGGCGGUUAAAGCGGAGGAGUUCGACCCUCACGGCAUGCGGGCGGGCACGCGCGUGGCGGUGGACAAGCUGAGCACGACGAAGCGGUACCGCGUGGCGGACGUUGACCUGGUUGACCAGCGCAGCGACCGCGUCAUUCCCAAGGCGGACGGGUUCUACGAGAUGGUGUCGGUGGGCAAGGGCACCGUGUGCACGCGCGCGCAGCUCGAGGCCGAGGUGGCCAACAUGGCGUCGAGUGGAAUGUUCCAGAUGGUGGAGGCCGACACUGUUGCCAAUCCGGACGGGUCCAUAAAGCUGGAGGUGAAGGUUCUUGAAGCGCAGUGGCAGGCGGCGAAGACGGUGCGGUGUGUGAACAUGGGGCUCGUGCAGCCGGACGCCUCAGGGCAGGAGGCGUCGGAGGACGCGGCGAAGCAGGAGGCUGCGUACGCGGAGCGGCUGAGGCAGGCGCGGCAGUGCCUGCUGCCGCGCAAGGUGGAGAACGAGCUGAGCGCCAUGGUGCAGCGCGAGGGCCGCCUCACUGCCCGCAUGCUGCAGAAGAUCCGGGAUCGUAUCCUCAAGUGGUACCACGACAAGGGCUACGCCUGUGCCAAUGUGAUCAACUUCGGCAAUCUGAACACGCCUGACAUCGUGUGCGAGGUGGUGGAGGGCGAUGUGACGGGCGUGGAGGUGCAGUUUCUCGACAAGAUGGGGCAGCGCUGCGAAGGCAUCACUGACGAGCGCGUUGUGAUGCGAGAACUGCCCAUUGAGAUCAAGCCGGGCAACGUGUUCAACAUCGAGGCGGGGCGCAAGGCGCUGCAGAGCAUCUCGUCGCUGCAGCUGUUCGCCAACAUGGAGGUCAACCCGCGCCCCGAUGACCAGCUGGAGGGCGGCAUCGUGAUGGAGGUGAAGGUCCGCGAGCAGGAGCCCACGUCCGCUGAGGUGCAGACGGAGUGGAGCAUCCAGCCUGGGGAUACCGGCAAACCCACGGUGUCCAUCCUGCCAGGGGGCAGCGUGUCAUUCGAGCAUCGCAACAUCAACGGCCUCAAUCGCUCCGUCACCGGCUCUGUCAGCGCCGGCAACCUGCUCUCGCCGCAGGACGAUCUGGUGUUCAAGCUGGAGUACGUGCAUCCGUACAUCGACGGGGUGGACGACACGAGCCGCAACAGAGUGGGGCGAGUGACGUGUUUCAACCACCGCAAGGUGUCGGCCGUCUUCACGGGUGGGCCGUCUCUUGACGAGGUGCCGGCCAUUUGGGUGGACCGUGCCGGCAUCAAGGCCACUGUUAGUGAGAACUUCACCCGUCAGAGCCGCAUCACCUAUGGCGCAGUGAUAGAGGAGGUGACAACGCGCGAUGAGAACACGAGCAUCUGCACACACGGCUUCAAGAUGCUGCCCUCCGGCCUGCCCACGCCCGACGGCCCGCCCACCACGCUCAGUGGCACCGGUGUUGACCGCGUGGCAUUCCUUCAGGCAAACGUGACGCGUGAUAACACCAACUUUGUCAACGGCACGCCUGUUGGCGACCGUACCAUUUUCCAGGUGGACCAGGGUCUGGGCAUCGGUUCGGCCUUCCCCUUUUUCAACCGGCAUCAGCUGACGCACACGCGCUUCAUGCAGCUGAGUGAGGAGGACGUGGACCAUGCGGACCGCCCGCCCAUGGUGGGGGUGCUGCACGCGCGCUACGGGGGGUGCAUGGGCGACCUGCCGUCGUAUGAAGCGUAUGCGCUGGGCGGGCCUUAUUCCGUCCGCGGGUACAACAUGGGCGAGAUUGGAGCUGCCAGGCGCUUCCUUGAGCUUGCGGGUGAGAUCAGGGUCCCAGUCAAGACCACCCAUGCCUAUGCCUUUGCUGAGAUGGCCUCUGACCUUGGCAGCUCCGGUAUGGUUUCUGGUAACCCUACUGAGUUCUUCCGCCGAGCCGGCUUCGGAGCCUCGGUGGGUGCUGGUGUCAGGCUCGGCACCGUGCGUGCGGAGUACGCUCGGGAUUGCAACAUGGGCACUGGCUCAUGGUUUGUCCGGUUCGGCGAGAGGUUCUAA